AUGGAUAUUAGGGAGGAAGCUCGCGUGGUCGUCGAGAAGAGCGCCAUCGCGGACCCUGCCCCUCUCGGACUCACCGCGUUCGCGCUGACGACGUACGUCCUCUCGUGCCACAACGCCGGCUGGGCUUCCGACAUUAUCUGGGUCGGCCUCGCGUUCUAUGGCGGCCUCGCGCAACUGCUGGCCGUCAUGUGGGAGUUUAAGAAGAACAACACCUUUGGCGCCACCGCAUUUUCUACCUACGGCGCCUUCUGGAUGGGCCUGGCCUUCUUCGUUCUCCUCAAGAUUCUCGGUUACACCACUCUGCUUCAAGCCACCGACGUGUCAGAGGCUCUUAGCUGGUUCUUGUCGGGUUUCUUCAUCUUCAACAGCUACAUGACUGUGUGCGCGUUCAUGGCAAACCAUGCCGUGCUGCUCGUCUUCACUCUGCUCGAGAUCACCCUCAUGCUACUCUUCAUCAGGAAUUUCGACCACCAGCAUGCUGGACAGGGGUGGAUCAAGGCUGGUGGCAUCUUUGGCCUCUUUACUGCCAUUGCUGCCUGGUAUGCUUCUGGUGCAGCCUGCUUCAAUGCGAUGGCAGGCAAGACGGUUCUUUAUGUUGUCGCGCUUUCCCCCCGCUGCCCGUCAACACGCGCCUUUCCCCCGCUGCCUGUCGCGUCGCGCCUUCCCCCGCCCCCCGUCGCGUCGCGCUCUCCCCCACUUCCCGUCCCGUCGUGCCCUCCCCCGCUGCUCGUCGCGACGCGCCCUCCCCCCGCUGCCCUACACGCCCGUUCGCGCGCCGUGCCUGCCGCCGCGCCUGCCCGUUCGGCCCGCCGCGGGCCUGCUCGUCCCGCCGCCGCGCCUAUUUGCGCCGCCCGCCGCCGCGCCUACGCGUCAGGCCCGCCGUGGGCCCGCUCGUCCUGCCGCCGCGCCUACCCCUCCUGCCCGCCGUCGCGCCUCCUAGUUAGGCCCGACGUGGGCUCGCUCGUCCCGCCGCCGCGCCUGCCCGCACUGCCCGCUGCGGACCCUCCCUUAUAG